UUGGUAGCGACAUUCCUCUCGGAGAUAUUCAUCGGAGUGGAUGUUUGUUACCCACCGUCAUUUUAGUUGAAUCAGUGAUAAUUCGGAAACAUUUCAAAAUUUCAAUUGAAAAGUUUCAACAAUGGCAAAUAAUUCUUGGGAGCAGCUAUUUCGGUUAGAAGAGACGGCAGAAAUUCAACAAAUUGAAGCAGCCAAAACUGAAAUCAAAGAAUCGGCACUGAAGUCGGUAACCAAAUUGAGUGGCGAAUACAAGAACGCAGCUGCUCGGGUCAAUGAAUUGAACAUGAACAUCAACGCCAAAAUUGAACAAAUAUCAUCCGAAUUUGAAAAAACCCGAAACGAUUUGGAAAAAUUCAAAAAGUCUACUGCCAAGAACCAGGAAGAAUUGAAAAAAUAUGGCGAAUGUGCAAACGAUAGCAAAAUUAAGGUCAAUGAAAUUACUGAACUCAACAAUGCGCGCAAAGAUGUCUCAGGAAACAGUGUUGAUCUUUUGAAAAAGGAAUUAAUGGCACUUCAGUCGGAAUUGGAUGAAUUGCGAUCGAAAAAACUUGGUACGAUGAAAGAAAAGGCAUAACGUGGCGAGCAAACAUAUUUUUAUACGUGAAACUGUUCUUCUUUCAACUAAA